AUGAAUUGUCCAUCGCGCACUGAUGAUACGCUCUUGCAUGACGAGUGGAAUCAGAACCCGCCGUUUCUGGCGCCGGAUCUGACUACCCGCCAAGACUUGAAUGGCAUCUCCAAUGCCCGCGAGAAUAAGGGAGAUGGGAAUGGGAAUGACUCCGGACAAUCGUUGGCGUGCCUCAAUGAGAAGGGGAGGACAAAUUCGCUGCCGAUUGACCCAGAGAAGAAGAUACGGUGGGAUAAUGGGGCGUCACUGACCACAAAGUCAGGACGUCCCAUUGACCCAAUGACCAGCUUUAAUGCUGGUCAGCAGAGUGGUCGUGGUCUAAACAAUUCUCAAUCUUUCCUUCAGACAUUCAAGAGCUGGGCCUCAUGGCUUCUGUCGGUUCUGUUCACGUCAGCAUUGCUUUCUCAUGGUAGUAUUGGGCGAUAUUUGCAUGGGUCAGAGGUUUCCCCCAUCCCCUCAUCCGGGUUCGAACCAAUGGAAAGAGAUCUUCCUUUCGAGAAACGAGGGACGUGUGCGCAAGGCGGUGUCAGGGGUAGCGACUACAACCUUCCCUUGCAUGUUGGCGGGCUGUUCAUCAUUUUGUCCGUUUCAACGCUGGCCUGCGCCUUUCCGGUCCUUGCCAUCUGGUUUCCGCGUCUUCGCAUCCCGUCGUCCUGUCUCUUUUUCGUCAGCCAUUUCGGUACCGGUGUCCUGAUCGCCACUGCAUUUGUGCACUUGCUCCCCACCGCGUUCCAGUCACUCAACGACCCAUGUCUGUCGAAAUUCUGGACCACCGAUUACCCCGAAAUGCCAGGAGCCAUUGCCCUCGCGGGUGUGUUCCUAGUGACAGUGAUUGAGAUGGUCUUUAGCCCCGCCAGACAUUGCUGUCGCGGAGGAACUAGCCUAUCAGACCCGCCACCCUACAUUGCUCGCCAUGUUGAAAAGGAAACUCCCAUACAAAGGGCCCACGUAGUUGACUCCACUGUUUGCAACGAGAGAGAACGACCGGCUGGCCUAGAGCCUCUUCCUCACCUGCGCGAUAUGGGCCCUUUGAUCGGUAGGUCUUCCAGCAUAAGCCGAGCUAUCAACCAAAUGGGUGAAGACCCAGAACGUAUCUGUCGCAUUUCCUCCGCUCCCGAGGUUCCUCAAUACCGGCAAGAACCGAAGAUCGAACCGGUCCAGGAAGAUGUGGAGCGCAGCGACGAUGGUCAUGUUAUGACUCCAGAGCAAAAGCAUCGCAAAGAAGUCAUGCAGGUCGUUUUACUGGAAAUGGGUAUCCUGUUCCACAGUGUUUUUAUCGGCAUGUCACUCAGUGUAUCGGUCGGCAGCGAGUUUGUGAUUCUAUUGAUUGCCAUCGUCUUUCAUCAAACAUUCGAAGGUCUUGCUCUAGGUUCUCGUAUCGCUGCUCUCGACUGGCCUGAGAAAGCCAUGCAGCCCUGGCUCAUGUCUCUGGCAUAUGGAUGCACAACCCCACUCGGUCAGGCCAUUGGGCUUGCAACCCAUACUCUCUACAGCCCCGACUCAGAGGUCGGCCUUCUCCUGGUCGGUGUCAUGAACGCUAUCUCCGCUGGCCUUCUUAUCUUCGCCUCACUGGUUGAGUUGAUGUCGGAGGACUUCCUCAGCGAUGAGAGCUGGCGUGUGCUUCGUGGCAAGAAGAGAGUUUAUGCAUGCAUUAUUCUCUUCAUGGGUGCCUUCUGUAUGAGUCUGGUUGGCGCGUGGGCUUAG